UUAAAAAAAAAUACAUUAGGAUUGGCACAAUGUAUAUCAUUUAGUGUUUCUGGCGUUGGUCCAACAACAGGUAUACUUUAUGUAUUUCCUCAAAUUGCGGAGGCUGCUGGAACAAGUACACCAUUUACACUUAUUAUAGCUACCUUUUGUUGUAUAUCAAUGGCAUCAACUAUCAGUACAUUCGGAAAAUAUAUAUCAACAUCAGCAUCUUUUUACUCUUAUGUAUAUGAAGGCUUAGGUAAAGAAAUGGGUUUUAUUACUGGUUGGUUAAUGUUGUGCGGUUAUUUAACCUUAUCAGUUCAAACGAUUAUUCAAUUUGCAUCUACCACAGCCGAUGUUAUAAGUAGAAAUUCUAAUUUUCAUUUUCCUUGGAUUAUAGCGGCAGCAUUUGUUUUGGUAUUUAUUUGUACAUUUGCAUAUCUUGGAAUCAACCCUGCACUUAAAUUUAGCUUAUUGUUGGUAGUGGGCGAAACGAUUAUCAUUAUGGUUUUCACAAUGAUUGUUGUCAUCAAAGGGGGUGACCAAGGUAAUUAUCCACUAGCCUUGACACCUGUUGGUCCUUAUAGCGGUGGUAUUUCAGGUAUAUCUAGGGGUCUGGUUUAUUCUGUAUUGGUAUUUAUUGGUUUUGAAGUAGCUGCAACACUUGGAAGAGAAUCUAGAAACCCAAAAAGUUAUAUCCCAAAAGCAGUUGUCGGUAGUGUUUUAUUAACCUCACUAUAUAUUACUUGGUCUGUUUAUGCUAUGGUCGUUGCCAUUGGUCCUUCAAAUAUUUUAAACAUUGGUUCUAUAAGCUCACCCGCUGAGACUGUAGCCAGAAAAUUUGUAUCUCAUUGGUUUGCAAUUCUUGUUGAUAUAGCCGGUAUAAGCUCAACAUUUAAUGUAUGCACAAGUGCAUUUAAUAAUCUAUUUAGAAUUAUCUACUCAAUUGGUAGAAGUGAGGCAUCACCUUUAAUUUCAAAAUUAUCAUAUACAAGUAAACGUUUCUCAACUCCAGUCGCAGCAAUUAUAACAUUUUUAACUUUUAUUGUUAUAUGUUUAUCUUUAACUAUUGCCUUUUUCGGUAUAUAUACAACUGGCUCUUGGAAAAUUUACGGCUAUCUUAGUUAUGUUGGUACUAUACCAUUGAUUUUAGUUUUUAUCAUUACAAACAUUGCAGUCAUUCCAUAUGUAAAGAAGAAACAACCUCAAGAUUUCAAUAUGUUUUAUCAUUUAAUUUUACCAAUAUUUUCAGCUUUAUUAUUCACAGCAGUAUUAUUUGGCAAUUUUUAUCCAGAUACACCAAAACCACCCUAUAGUUACAUUUUGAUUGCUUUAGCUGGUGUUAUUGGCAUUGGUAUUUUAUUAAUGUUUUAUUUACGUACUAAAAAAGGAUUGUUAGAUAAAAUGGCAUUUAGAAUUGGU